GUCCUGCCAAAAUGUUUUUCAUCGUACAAAUUGCUGGAACAUCGAUCGAAACCGCAUGCCGAAGCUUGAAACCUGCUCAGGUGAGCAGAACGUAUGCCAACCAUCGCCGCCACCGUAACCGCCAUAUAAAGUCUUCGAAAAUAGCGGGCCCCGUAUUUUCCUCUCCUUUAAUCCUUCCCUGUUCUCGGUCUAUCUGCUGGCUACCAUGGCCGAUUUUGCGAACAUGGCUCAGGUUUGGGAUCUCAGCGGGUUGCGCCCAACUCUGGGGGCCGUUUUAAUAGGAAGUAUUGUCAGUGUCUUUCUUUCCGGCUCACUUGCAAUGCAGGUCGCCCUCUAUUACCGAAUAUACCGCAAGGAUCACUUCAGGUUCAAGCUUACGGUUGCAAUGAUAUGGUAUGUUUCGAGUAGAGAAAAUCGAAGCACAGAGAAAUUAACUAUGGCAAAUUGGCAGUACCUUAUCGACAACUUCGGGAACAAUGAUAUCUCAGACACCAUUGUCUGGACCGUUGCCGUUACCAUCGCCUUAACAGCAAUCAUUACGUUCUUCGUCCAUUGUUUCUUCGCACAUCGAAUUCUUGCCCUAAGCAAACGUAACUGGUUUAUCACCGUACCUAUCGUUGUUUUGGCAAUCCUACGACUAGCAUUCGCUCUUGUGACGACGACGAAGAUGAUCACCAUAAAAACCUACUCCGCUUUCAUCGUCAAAUUUAGCUGGUCAUUCACGCUUGGCCUUACACUUGCGACUGCUGUCGAUAUCAUGAUCGCAGCCGCUCUCUGCUGGUACCUGAACAAGAGCCGAACAGGGUUCUCUAGCAUGGACAACAUCAUUGAUUCGAUCACGCUGUAUACACUUGAGAACGGACUUCUGACUUGUGUCACGACGGUCGUCUCAUUGAUCUGCUGGCUGACAAUGCCGCACAACCUCAUCUUCCUUGGACUUCACUUCGCGAUCAGUAAACUCUACUCUAACGCGUUUCUUGCUACAUUGAACGCUCGCAAGGUGCUUCGUGGCCGCUCGCAAGCGUCAAGUGAUCGCGAGUUGCCAGUUCUAUUCCCAGAGAACUUUACCGGUAGCCGAUUCAGUCGACGAGAGGUAUAUUCUCGUCGUGCUGAGAUCGAUCCAAUUACCACCAAGGUGCAAAUCAAUGUUGAGAAAACAAUCCAGCACGACGGUGAGGCUGACCCGUCGGAUGUCUCAAACCCGUCACGAGCGGAAGAAGCCAGUCUCAAGUUACCAGGAGCAAGCAAUACAGUCUAUGGUCUAUGACAGAGUCUUUCUUUUUUUUUUGCACAAGCCAAGCUUUGUAUGACGUUCGUUUCAUGUUACCCUAUUGUUUUACCUAUUACUUUCAUUCUUUACGGUCUAUUUAGCUCCUUACGGAGUGGGGGAAGAUAAUCGGGUGCAACAAUUGUCGACUGCUGAGAUAAUAAGUAUAGGGUUGGCUUCAUACGUACACCCUGCUUGCUGCAAAACACAUGCUAACAAUUGGGAUCGGAGAAUUGAGGUAAUAUUGAAAGAGGCGUUGGCGCGUAGAUAGACCAACGACACUUCAAGGCUACUGCUGUCGCAAGUCGCUAUAUGGGUUACAUGAUAGAAUCAAAAAAUAACCUUUCUCAUUCAUC